AUGCAUCUUUUUGGUGGCGGGGUUCAUAAUAAAAAUUCAUCUUCUUCUUUUUGGUGGCGUGACAUGCUAAAGGUUGGUAAUUCUUCUUUUUUACAUAAAGACCAUUUUCUUGAAAAUAGUUGUUUUAUUGUUGGUAAUGGCUUUAGCAAUCCGUUUUGGGAAGUUUGUUGGUUGAAUGAUGUUUGUUUGUCGGAAGCUUUUCCGAAACUUUAUGAUAUAUCUUUGUUGAAAAAUGUGUCUGUAGCGGUGAUGGGAGGGUGGAGGGAUGGGGUAUGGAAAUGGGGGUAUUUGGGCAUUUCGUUGGUAGAUGCGGGUGAGGCGGGUUUAUUAUCCGAAUUUGUGUCUUUAAGGAACUUUUUGGAAACUUUUGCGGGUUGUAAUUUGGAAAAGGAUACCGUGAGAUGGAAUAUUGAAACGGAUAAGAUAUUUACGGUAUCAUCAUGUUAUCGUCGGUAUGCUUUCCGGCGAAUUCCUUUUGGCCCUAUUAAUAAGAAUGAUGAAGUGUUGGAAAAGAUAUGGAAGAUGGAGAUUCCUUAUAAAAUUAAAGCGUUUGCUUGGAGACUUUUUGUGAAUAGGCUACCAACCAAAGAUCUUUUGAAAGUUAGAGGUAUUGCUUUUCCUACUUCUAAUUUAAAUUGUGUAUUUUGUGGGUUACACUUGGAGGAUAGAGACCAUAUUUUCUUCAAAUGUAAUGUAAUUAAACUUGUUUGGAAAGAUAUUGGUGAGUGGGUGAAGUUUUCGGGUUGGAAGGAGGAGGAUUGCAUCCCGCUUUUUAUGGAAUGGUUUGCAAUGAGCCGUUCGAAGAGAAUUAAAGAAGGGUUAUUGAUUGUGGCUUUUGCUUGA